AUGGAUCACAAUCACAUAUCCCAUUCGACUUCUCUAACUACGACGCCCACGGUUUCGGACGCCGGCGGCGCUCAGGAGCAUGGCGUUGAGAGAUCAGAGACCAUGUUGACCCGGGCAUCCACUCGUCGGACACUUGAACAUUAUCAAACCAGACCGACGCAAGAUGCCUCGGACUUGCUGGAUUUGCCUUACGACAUCCUCAGCGAUGAGGCCGAUAUGAACGAAUAUUUGGAGGAGACGACGACUGGUGUGAUCCCCAAGAAGACGAUAUCGAGAGUUACCGGAAUGCUUGAGGAGCAUGAAUUGGUAACUUUCAAGGUUGGCGAUCCGGAAAACCCAAAGAAUUGGUCAAAAGCCUACAAAUGGUGGUGCACAAUGGUUGUGGCAUUCACUUGCUUCACUGUUGCCUUUAAUUCCGCUGUUAUCACGGCCGACUUGGAGGGAGUCUCCAAGAGAUUCCACGUCUCGGAGGAAGUUUCCCUCCUGACCAUCACCAUGUUCGUCAUUGGAUUUGGCGUUGGUCCCCUUGCAUUUGCACCGUUGUCCGAACUCUACGGUCGGAAACCAGUCUAUGUCAUCACCAUGGGCUUGGCCGUCAUAUUUGAAAUCCCCUGCGCCGUGGCACAGAACAUUGGCACACUUUUGGUCUGCCGUCUGAUCGAUGGCAUCGCAUUCUCUGCGCCCAUGACCCUCGUCGGUGGCACAUUGGCCGAUCUCUGGAAGAAUGAAGAGCGCGGUGUCCCCAUGGCUGUUUUCUCGGCAGCUCCCUUCGUCGGCCCUGCGAUCGGCCCCUUGGCCGGAGGGUUCCUUGGUGACGCCGCUGGCUGGCGCUGGCUCUACUGGAUCCAACUCAUCCUCGCCGGGUUUUGUUUAGCCAUCCUGACCUUUACCGUCCCGGAAACCUACACCCCAGUCCUCCUGGCCAAACGUGCAAAGAAGCUCCGUAAAGAGACCGGCGACAGCAAAUACGUCACAGAAAGGGACCUCGACACGCGUCCUUUGGCACAACAACUCGUCAUCUUCCUCCUUCGGCCACUGCAGCUACUUUUCCUGGAACCUAUCGUCCUUCUCAUCUCAUUAUACAUGUCUGUGCUCUAUGGCCUUCUCUACAUGUUCUUCGUCGCCUACCCGAUCGUAUACGUCGAGGGAAAGGGAUGGUCUGAAGGUUCUACAGGACUUAUGUUCAUUCCGCUGGCAAUUGGAGUCGUCUGCUCAGCUGUGCUCUCCCCAUUCGUCAACAAGCACUACCUCUCGAUCUGCGCUAAGUAUCCCGAUGGCAAACCCCCCGCCGAAGCCCGUCUCAUACCCAUGAUGCUCUCCUGCUGGCUGAUCCCAAUCGGCCUGUUCAUCUUCGGCUGGACAUCAUACCCGGACGUCUCGUACUGGGGUCCCAUGAUGGGCGGCUUCCCCGUGGGGUUCGGAUUUAUCUUCCUGUACAACUCGGCAAACAACUACCUCGUGGACACCUACCAGCACCUGGCUGCCUCGGCGCUCGCCGCCAAAACCUGCAUUCGAUCCUUCUGGGGCGCGAGUGUCGUGCUGUUCACGGUCCAGAUGUAUCACACUUUGGGGUACCAGUGGGCCAGUUCACUCUUGGCGUUUCUUGCUCUCGCGUGUUGCGCGAUCCCUUACGUCUUUUACUUCUACGGUGCACGCAUCAGGAAGCUCAGUAGGUACGCCUUCCAUGAUGAGGACGAGGUAUCUCCCGUGAGGACGAAGACGGAAGGGGAAGUGUAA